AUUGACAGAGCUUCCUGUAGAUAAAAAUGUUCUAUCUCUGUCUACAAGGAGACAUGCAGCGCGCUAUCCUGCUAAUGUAUUGCUACCAAGGGAUCAGCUGGACUUCAGGUUAUUUUUGUGUUCAUCAGCCAAAAGCUCUGACAGUGAUGGAGAAUGGGUCCAUCUACAUCGACUGUACAUUCACCUAUGAUGAGGACCCGGGGGAGUAUAUACAGUACAGAGUACAUUGGAGGAAGACAGAAGGACCAUACUGUGAGCUUUAUGAUGAGGAAAUCACUGAUGCAGCUGGGAAUGGUACCGGCCAGUAUGAGGGGAGAAUCUCCAGGGUGCAGGAUCCUGAUAACAAGCGGAGAGAAUCUCUCACUAUCACUGGGCUGACACCGUCGGAUGGUCCCAUCAUCUGCUGCACAGGGUCUGUAAUUAAUCUCUACACUAGCUACCAGUAUAGCUGGAGAAAUGAUUAUGGGACUUAUCUACAAUUCACAGGUGACAGGUCAAUAUCUCAGUUGGAUGAAUUAAUAGCUGUCCCAGGAGCAGAGGUCAUCAUCCCCUGUCAUUACCCGCAGGAGGUCACAGGGGAAGUAAAAAAGGUCACCUGGUGCAGAGGAAAGAGUGAGUUUUGCUCACAAGACACAUAUGAAUGCUACACCUCGGACCAGCGACACAGUGAUGACCGGUACUCACUGGUCAGUUUCCCCACAGAUGUCUCACUGCGCAUACACAGAUCUGAAAACUUGUAUUACACCCAUUACUGCUGCACUGUGACCACCAGCAAUAGAACAUUCACAAGCAGAACAAGCACAGAGCUGGUCAUUGCAGAUUCAUCGUCCUCCUCACCUUUUACUGUUAAGCAGCCAAAUAAUAUCACAGCUGACACAGAAGGUUCCGUGACUCUCAACUGCUCAUACAGACUUAUCAGUGGUUACAGAGAUAGGGAUAUCCUGUGGGUCAGUGCUUACUGGAGAGUGAACAGCACAAGUGGUCCUUACGUCUACCACCCCCACCAGGAUAUGGUCCAUCCCCAGUAUAAGGGAAGAACAGAGAUAACAGGAUUAGCGGAUCUCCAUAUACAGGGGGUGCAGGCAGAAGACAGCGCCACCUACUACUGCUUUCUGGUGAUCAAGCUGUGUGAAAAUAUAGAAACAUCACAACGCACGGCUACACAUGGAGAAGGAACCAGCCUGACCGUGAAAGGAAAUGUUCUAGAGAAAGAACUUAAUCUACUGAUCAUAGGUUCCGCCUCUGCCUUGGGCCUUCUGUUCAUCCUGUGUGUGAUCCUGAUCAUCUUGAUGGCAAAAGGCAUCCUGUGUAAGACGAAAAAAAGAAGUCCUGACCUGCAGAUGGAAAUCACUGAUCAACCAGAUAAAGAUGAUGGAACAUUUGAGGAAAUGCCAUAUUGUGAAAUUAGCCCUAAGAUUCCAGAACAAGAGCUGGCAGAUGGCAAUGCUGAUGUGAUGGGACAUGAAGAGAAUGAGGCAGGAGAGGCUAAGGUUGGAGAAGUGGAGGAGAACCUUGUCUAUGCCAAGCUGAACAAAAAGAAACUGGUUGAAAGAAAUCCAACGCAGGACCCAAUACAGAAUGAGGAGAUCAUCUACACGGGCAUCCUCAGCCCAGCUAACUAAUAUGAGCAAGAGAUGUAGACAUAGCCAUACCACAUAAUCUUCACUCCUAUAGACCAUCAAUUCAUGGUAUAGAGACAUAAAGCAGCUUGUAAAUGUAAAUAAUCUAUGGUAUAAACAUCACAGAAGAAGAAUGAUGAAAAGAGGGGUGGAUGAGAAUACCCCAUGGUAAUACCACCAGGCAUAUCUCAAUGCUGGUGUCCAGUUGGUGUAAUUUGGGUUACAGUGGCAUUGGAACCAUCUGACACUGUUGUUAUUAUUCCUUCGAGAUUUAAUUUAAAAUAAAUCUGAAUUUAACCAGGCCACUCACAGUGUAUGGGAUGAGAAGAAGACAACCAGCUUUAAUGUGACAUGCCACUAGCCCUAAAAACUGAACUUACAGAACAAUGUUUCUGCCUGGAUAAUAAUAGUGCCUAGUGAUGUGUGGCCACCCGUGGACUGUGUGCACUGUAUGUGGUACACAACAAGCAGUAUAGAGAAAUAAAGCAGUGGUUAGACAGCCCAAUAUCAGUUUAAAUGACUGAGGAUGCUACGGUACAAAUAUUUUUUAUUUUAAUGUAUACAAUAAUACCAGCUAAAUGGUGCAAUGCCCCAACGAGCAAUGCAAUAUUAAAUACUCAGAAAAACAAAUGAAUGCAUGGGAAAUCUAGGUGCCAUAUAACUGUUACAUCAUCGGAUGACUUACCCAAAUGUGGUCAGAUCUCCAAUGAAAGAGGAAGAGUAAUUCUCAUACAUUAGCUCUAUGUUUAAUUGUAUUCUACACAGUUUUAAUUACGUUGGCAAUUGGAACUAUUUUAGGGGGAGAUGUAUCAUAUCUUCUGAGGAUAUUUAGUGGGGAAAAUUGCCCACAGCAGCCAAUCAUUUUCUACAGUACCUGUCACUUUAUAGAAUGUUCUAGAUCAGUGGUUCUCAAACUCGGUCCCCAGGUCCUGUUUUCUAGGUCACCCAGCAGGUGCACUGUGCAUGGUUGCUAAGGACUAAUGGUUGCUAAGCGAAACAUCCACUUUUCCUCUUUAGAAGGUUUGGUAAAUCUCCCCGCAAGUCAUCUGUGAAACCGAGUGUUUUUGAGAAAUGACUGAGCUGUUAAAUAUCUGAGUGCAGGUUAUCUUGAUAUACUGGAUAUGCAUGAAUAAUAGAAACAAGUGUCUUAGAUGUUCAGCAUCGUCCCUUCCUACCAUUUCAAUGGGUGGUGUGAUUACCCUGCUGCAGGCACAGCUGUGUGAAGUUAAAACACGGUGGGCCUGUCGCAACUGCGUCUUCCCAUGCAGCGGUACUGUGAAAAUAUGCUUAUGCCACUGCCGCUGUGAUUUGUACAGACGCCCACCUCCAGCUUCUCUAGUCCACCACUUGUGUACAGAGGUGCACCAUCAGCAACAUCAGUAUCACAUCAGUAGCACCAUCAAACUUCUGACCAGACCUAUGCCAGCCAAUUGCAAAUGAAGAAGCUUUGAAAAAGCUGGGGGUAUCCCCGUGAAACGCGUCUGGCCUUCUGCACCCCCCACUCUCUCUUUCAUCAUUUGGACCACACCAAGCCCUCAGAGAACCUGGACCAGACCUCCAUUCUACAGAUAACCACAAGAGGUGGAUGUUUAAUUCUACAGCACGGUUUGAAAGUUUCCAGUUUAUCUACACCACCCCAAGGGAUCCAUACCAAAGUGCAAAUGCUGUUUAGUCACCUAUUAUCGUGAUUUUGUACAUUCCAAUUAUACUGGACCCAUGAACUUAGGGUGUAAUUCAGACCUGAUCGUAGAUGUGUGAAAAAACACAACUCUAUGAUCAAAUUCUUUGACAUGCGGAGGGGACGCCCUGCAUGCCAGAUACGGCCCCCCACCCCCUCCACAGACAUGCAAAAACAUUGCAUGGUGUUGAUGCUUUUGCAUGUUUCGAGUAGCUCUCUGCCUACACUGCUGCAAAGGCAGAUGGCUACCCGCUAUGUUAAGGGUCGCAGCGGCUGCGUGUGACGUCAUGCAGAUGCCGCAACCCGCCCCAGCAACAGUCCGGACACGCCUCCAUUGUCCAGACCAUGCCCUUUAAAUGGAGCGUCGAUGUCCCUUUCCCACCCCCCUCCAGGUCUUAAACUGCGUUCUGAAGAGAACGCAGUUUUGGACCUUGCACAUGUGCGUACCGGCGCAUGCGCAGAUGUGUAAAAAUCGCUUCAUAACGAUUUUCGCAAAUCAGCGACGGGGUGUGAAUUAGGCCCCUAAUCACUGAUGGUCAUACGAGGAACAGGAGAACUGUGCAUGGAGAGAUUACAUCUAUUUCUGUUAUAAGAGAGAGGGGCAGAUUCAUGUUUGUCAGGAGUAUUGAUUGUUUUUAAUACUCUUUUGUGAUGUAUUGUGCAAUUGCUUUUAAUCCAUUUUAUUAAAUACUGUAUUGAUCAUUUUA